UUGAGUAUAAAGAGACAGAUGCAUGUGGAAGGGCUAGUACAUAGAGAAAGAAGCCACGAGAAGACUUUACUCAAACCAAGAGGAGAGAAGCACAUAUUUGGAGAGCUUGAGGUGGACAUAUUCUAAGAUAAAGUUCAAACAAGACUAUCCUAGUAAAGAUGCCAGGGAAAGCCGGUACCAUGGAGGAGGAAGCGGAGACCUUUGCCUUCCAGGCUGAGAUCGCUCAGCUUAUGUCUCUGAUCAUCAACACCUUCUACUCCAACAAAGAGAUCUUCCUUAGGGAGCUCAUCUCCAACUCUUCCGAUGCCUUGGACAAAAUCCGAUAUGAAAGCUUGACAGACCCAACCCGACUUGAGACCUGCAAGGAGCUGAAGAUUGAAAUCAGACCCGACCUGCGCACUCGCACCCUCACCCUGAUCGACACCGGCGUCGGCAUGACCAAGGCCGACCUGAUCAACAACCUGGGAACCAUCGCCAAGUCUGGCACCAAGGCCUUCAUGGAGGCCCUGCAGGCGGGAGCCGACAUCUCCAUGAUCGGACAGUUCGGCGUGGGUUUCUACUCAGCCUACCUGGUGGCGGAGAGGGUGACCGUCAUCACCAAGCACAACGAUGAUGAGCAGUACAUCUGGGAGUCAGCAGCUGGAGGCUCCUUCACAGUCAAAGUUGACACCGGGGAGGACAUUGGCCGCGGCACCAGGGUGAUCCUGCACCUCAAGGAGGACCAGUCUGAAUACUGUGAGGAGAAACGCAUCAAGGAGGUGGUGAAGAAGCACUCGCAGUUCAUCGGUUACCCCAUCACCCUUUACGUUGAGAAGGCCAGGGAGAAGGAGGUGGACCUGGAGCAGGGAGAGGAGGAGCCGGAGAAGGAGAAGGAUGCGGAUAAGGACAAGGACGCGCCAAAGAUCGAGGACGUGGGCUCGGACGAGGAUGAGGACACCAAGGACAGCACGAAGAAGAGGAAGAAGAUGGUCAAGGAGAAGUACAUGGAUGCCGAGGAGCUGAACAAGACCAAGCCCAUCUGGACCCGUAACCCAGACGACAUCACGAACGAAGAGUACGGAGAGUUCUACAAGAGUCUCACCAAUGACUGGGAGGACCACCUGGCCGUCAAGCACUUUUCCGUGGAGGGCCAACUGGAGUUCCGUGCGCUGCUCUUCCUGCCCAGGAGGGCUUCCUUCGACCUCUUUGAGAACAAGAAGAAGAAGAACAACAUCAAGCUGUACGUGCGCAGGGUCUUCAUCAUGGACAACUGCGACGAGCUGAUGCCCGAGUAUCUCAACUUCAUAAAGGGUGUGGUGGACUCUGAGGACCUCCCCCUGAACAUCUCCCGAGAGAUGCUGCAGCAGAGCAAGAUCCUGAAGGUCAUCCGGAAGAACCUGGUGAAGAAGUGCCUGGAUCUCUUCACCGAGCUGGCCGACGACAAGGAGAACUACAAGAAGUGCUACGAGCAGUUCUCCAAGAACAUCAAGCUUGGUAUCCAUGAAGACGCCCAGAACAGGAAGAAGCUGUCGGAGCUCCUCCGAUACUACACCUCCACCACUGGUGAUGAGAUGGUCUCCCUCAAGGACUACGUGUCUCGCAUGAAGGAGAACCAGAAACACAUCUACUACAUCACCGGUGAGACCAAGGACCAGGUGGCCAACUCUGCCUUUGUGGAGCGCCUCCGCAAGGCCGGGCUGGAGGUCAUCUACAUGAUCGAGCCCAUUGAUGAGUACUGCGUCCAGCAGCUGAAGGAGUACGACGGCAAGAACCUGGUGUCGGUCACCAAGGAGGGCCUGGAGCUGCCCGAGGACGACGACGAGAAGAAGAAGGGGGAGGAGCUGAAGCUUAAGUUUGAAAAUCUCUGCAAGAUCAUGAAGGACAUCCUUGAUAAGAAGAUUGAGAAGGUCUCCGUCUCCAACCGCCUGGUCUCCUCCCCUUGCUGCAUCGUCACCAGCACGUACGGCUGGACCGCCAACAUGGAGCGGAUCAUGAAGUCCCAGGCCCUCCGAGACAACUCCACCAUGGGCUACAUGACGGCAAAGAAGCACCUGGAGAUCAACCCCACGCACCCCAUCUUGGAGACCCUGAGGCAGAAGGCGGAGGUGGACAAGAACGACAAGGCCGUGAAGGACCUGGUGAUCCUCCUGUUCGAGACCUCCCUGCUGUCUUCUGGGUUCACACUGGAGGAUCCCGCCACACACGCCAACCGCAUCUACAGGAUGAUCAAGCUGGGUCUGGGUAUUGAUGAUGAUGAGGCUGCGAUUGAGGAAAUCAUUCAGCCCAGUGAGGAGGAUAUGCCCGUGUUGGAAGGGGACGAAGACACAUCAAGAAUGGAGGAAGUUGAUUAAAUUAUUGUGUACUUAUGUGCCGUCAACUUUCCUUCAACUUCGUCUUUUUUUUUUAAUAGCAUUAGUUCUUCCAGAUAUAUUUUAUUUUACAAAACUGCAAUAUUUUUUAAAAUGUCAUUUUAGCAAAUUGUAACUACCUUAAUUCAUAUUAUUAUAACAGUCCACCAUGGUUAUAUUCUAAAUCAGGUGUCUAAUUCAGACCUAAUCAAAAUGUUUUGAUUUCGAUCAGUCUUUUUGUACCUGUUAAAUGUUUUUUAAGAAAGAAAUCCGAUUUAUAAUAAAAAUGUAUUUAUACAUGUUCUAAAA